AUGGCGGAUACACAUCGUGUUGAUCGUACUGAUAGGCACUUGCAAUUUCAGUCGCCGUACGAAGGCGGUCGAGUUAAUCUUCAGUAUGAAGGCGGUGGUGGCGGUGCCGGAGGUUACAAGAGCAUGAUGCCUGAGAGUGGCCCAUCUAGCACCCAAGUAUUGUCCCUUUUGGUGGGAGUUCCUGUAGUCGGUUCUCUACUUGCCUUAGCCGGUUUACUUCUAGCGGGUUCGGUGAUCGGUUUGAUGAUCGCUUUACCACUUUUCCUACUCUUCAGCCCGGUUAUAGUCCCAGCAGCUCUGACCAUCGGGCUCGCAACGGUAGGCUUCUUGACCUCGGGAAUGUUCGGUUUAACCGGGCUUAGCUCAAUCUCGUGGGUGAUGAACUAUCUUCGUGGAACCAGACGAACUGUACCUGAGCAAUUGGAGUAUGCUAAGAGGAGAAUGGCUGAUGCGGUUGGGUAUGCCGGACAAAAGGGUAAAGAAAUGGGGCAGCAUGUGCAGAAUAAGGCCCAUGAUGUUAAACAAUAUGAUAUUUCUAAGACCGGCCAUGAUACUACCAAGGGUCACGAGACUACUCAGAGAACAACGGUCGUAUGA